UAUAUAUAUCUCAGGGAAACACUUGUGUAAUUUCAUUAUCGCCUAAAUUCGGGCUAACUAAGGGACAUGUACAUGUACCGAUUCAUAUCUUGUCAUACGUGAGGGACGGAUACAUCAUCAUUUAUAAAAUAUACUCAAGCUAACCAUUAGUGGGCAGACAAAAAUGGCUUACACAAACGCAAUUCCAAUGCCAUUCUUUUUAUUUUUGUUUGUUCAAUUAUUCAACGUUUCGAGUAGUGGAUCUCCACAUCUCCUCGGAUCCUUUCACGUUAAUCAACCCGGAUAUAUUGCAGUGAUUAAUUCAGAAAACAGCACUAGUCAUGCCCUCUUAAUUUCGUCCUUCAAUGGGAUUCCGUUCACGGCAGACCAUUUAUAUCGUGUAACAGACGUCCGGACCCAUCUUGGAAGUCUGUCUAACAUCCAUCCGGAUCUGAUAACUACAAGUGUAACUUGGCCGAAUGAAGUGAAUGUGAUACCACAUGAUGUUUUUGACAGUUCAAUGGUAGCAGUGGCUGGUGGAUUCCUUGUGCCAUUCAAAACGAAAGGUACCAUAACUCUGUUUAAUACAACCGGAAGUACUGUAAAAGGACCAUACGAGAUAACCGGAAGUAAAACUGACCAUGAUUGGUUCUACCAUCGUGUUAGAUGGACCGAUAUGAAUGGAGAUGGCGUUAAAGAUGCCGUUACAUGUCGAGGAAAGAAAUCGACGUUUGGUGGGUCAAGCGGUCAACUUGUUUGGUUUGAACAUCCCAGGUUGUUCCGCGAUAAUAUGUUGUACCCAUGGACAGCCCAUGUCAUCGGUGAUGAUUCCGAUACUUUUUUCGACAUUACGACACUUCCGUCCUCUGAUGGGAUGCUGCCGUGCAUUAUAACAACGGGGUAUUUUUCAAAUAAACUAAAAAUCUACUGGACAACUGACCCAAAUGCUUCGUGGAAUGACCUUACCACGAUUCAUUCACGGAUAAUCGAGAGCAGCAUCGGUCACGUGUUCGAUGUUCAAGUGGCUGAUCUGAACGAUGACGGCAACGCUGACCUUCUGGUGACUGCUAACGGGAUAUCACAAACCGGACUGUAUAUAUACGAAGUUCCCAGUGAUUUCAGAACCGGUACAUUUACACGACACGUGUUAAAAUCGGAUUUCCACAGUCAUAACAUCCUGCCGGGAGGUGGCGCUCCCGGUUCAGCCCAGAUAAUUAGGGAGGCAACUAACUCUACUGGAAAACCCAUGAUUCUGCUCUCCGGCGACGAUGAUAGUCGAGCAUACUUGUUUUCCCCACAAAGCACUUCCGCUUCCGACUGGUCGUACCGGAUGGAUAUCUUCCUCGAUACGCACAGUGGAACGAUCGGAGGCAUGGCGUAUAGUGACGUCGACGGUGACGGGUAUCCGGAAAUAUUUGUUCCAGCGUACAGCCAUAACUUGGUUUAUGUAUAUACACUUAAACAAUAAACACAAUUUAUUAACAACCGUGCUAUAAUUGUUUUU